GAUGUUUCACUAAAAUGUUUUUUCAUUGUCAUUGUGUCAUGUACGUGAGGGUAUGCAGGUGCACCUGCAGCUGUGCGGCUCAGACCAGGACAUCUGUGAGCUGCAGUCUGCAAGCAUGCACUACUCCUGGCUGAACUGCAUCCUGACAUACACCUUCCUAUUCAUCAGGCAGUACUGGGGGGUCUGACUUGGUUUGCAUUGAUUGGCUGAGCAAUGACGUGACAAAGCCUGCAUUUAUAGAGAGAGGGGCUGUUGGAGACGGCUAUCAGCCCUGCCCUGGAUGUCAGGCAGACGCAGCACAGUAAACACUGCUGGGACACCAGGACCAUGGCCCGACUGGUUCAGGUGUGGAAAGUGUCUGUAUGGACAGCAGUGACCUUCCAUGUCCUGCACGCACUAGAGGUCCAGUACCCUGCGCUGGACACAUUCCACACUGUUAGCUGCGAGUGCAAUCAAGAGAAAUGCCAGGCUGUGCUCUGGUUCCGGAAACGCCACGAUCGCAGCCAGACUGAAAUGGAGUUCCUUCUUUACUACAACAAUGCAAACAGGACCGAAUAUGCGGAAAGAAAGCUCAAGGAUUCAUUCAAGGGUGACCAAAAGGGCAGCUGGAGGAUAACCUACAACCUGAAGAUUAUGUCUGUAAAAAAGGAAGACGCGGGCCUUUACUUCUGUCUUCUGCAGGGCAGUAACAGUCUGGGGCUCGGGAACAAUGGGGUUGAACUGCGACCUGGAGAAACACCCCCAACUUCUGCGCCACCUGUGGCCACAAUGCCGAAGAAACCCUGUCAGUGUCGCAACCUAAAGCAGCCUGAGCAGAAGGAAUGUAGUCGGAAAGUCCUGUGGCCGUUGGUUGGAGUUCUCCUAAGUCUUUCCGUAGUACUCUUCAGCACACUCUAUUACUUCAGCCGACUUCCUAAGAAGUGUCGUCACAGGUUUGCAAAGAAGCAACAACUCAUGUGAUAUUUGGAUGGCAUGAGGACAAAUUUUUAAGGUCCAUCUUCCAUAUUAUUCUACUUAGAGGAGUUUUUUAUGUGUUAAUCCAUAAAUGCACGACUCACCUCACACUCAUUGUCAAGGGAACACCCUGAUUUUUGUAUCGACAACAUUAAAUAAGUAAAAUAAAUUUUCUAGUAGAUUUCUCUUUAGCUGGUCAUUGCAUUUGUCAAAGCAUUUGUAUUUUAUCAUUGUGGCCAUAGAUUGAAAUACGUUUCAUUUUGAGAAAUGUCUUCCUUCUGAUGACACUGUUGGCUUUCAGUUGGGGGUCCUGGUAGCCGGUAACCCCCAGCUUCAGUCGGCUGUCACCACGGAUUUCCCCUUAGUGCCUCACACUCACAAUCAUAUUACUCUGGCAACAAUUACGGCCGAUGCUAUAAUUUUCUCAACAAAAAGAAACUAAUGCCAGAUCAUGUGUUAAUACAUAACAAACAACAUUGUGCUUUGUGCGGGAAGAAUGGAUACCAUUGCUGCCAUUUGUUUUAAGAUGUUUUUUGUACAAACUGUAUAUAUUGUUUUCCAUUUGCAGUACAAACAUGCAUAUAUUUUAAUAACAUCAUGUAUUUAAAUAUAUUGUGAUGUGUCCUACUUCGUCUCAAAAUCUUGAAUAAACAUGUACCUUGAGUAUGA